AUGUAUUCAAUUUGCCGGCAAAGCCACCCCGCUACGGGAGUAGAGUAUGCCGUUAGCUGUUGCUUCUUUGAGAACGAGGAAAUGUGCUUAGUUACUGCGGGUGCGAAUAUACUUAAGGUAUUCCGGCUCGUACCUGACGGUAACACCAAAGAAGUAAAUGCAGCUGGACAACCAAUACCUCCUAAGAUGAAGCUGGAAUGUCUAGCAUCAUAUACACUUUGGGGCAACGUAAUGUCUAUUGCAUCUGUCAAAUGUCCAAGUGCUGGUCGAGAUCUCUUACUUGUAUCAUUUAGAGAGGCUAAAUUAUCAGUACUGCAGUAUGACCCACAAACAAACAAUUUAGUAACAUUAAGUAUGCAUUAUUUUGAAGAGGAUGAUAUGAAGAAUGGUUGGACGACACACCCUCAUAUUCCCUGGAUAAGAGUAGAUCCAGAGUUUCGAUGUGCUGUAAUGUUGUUAUAUGGAAAGAAGUUAGCUGUUUUGCCAUUUAGAAAAGAUUUGACUUCUGAGGAGGGGGAUCCUUUAGAAGCUAAACCUUUAGAGGAUAAUAAGAAAAAUCCAACACAGCCAAUGAUGCGUGCACCUACACUAGCAUCUUAUGUUAUAGUUCUCAAGGAUUUGGAUGAGAAGAUUGAUAAUAUAUUGGAUAUUCAGUUCCUUUAUGGGUAUUAUGAGCCAACGUUGCUGCUUUUGUAUGAACCUGUGAGGACAUUCCCCGGACGAGUCGCAGUUCGGAGCGAUACAUGUGCGAUGGCAGGUGUGUCUCUGAAUAUGAGUGCUCGAGUGCAUCCAGUAAUCUGGGCGACUGGAGGUCUGCCAUUUGACUGUCUACAAGCAGUUCCUGUUCAAAAGCCACUUGGUGGCUGCCUCAUAUUGGCAGCGAACUCACUCAUUUACCUGAAUCAGUCGGUGCCACCAUAUGGCGUGUCCCUGAACAGCAUUGCUACCCAAACAACAAAUUUUCCAUUACGCAUCCAAGAAGGAAUAUGUAUAACUUUGGAUGGCGCCAAGGUGGCAACUUUGGGCGAGAGUCGCGUAGCGCUGGCGCUGCGUGGAGGUCAACUCUACGUGCUAACUCUUCUCUCGGACUCCGUGAGAAGUGUUAACAGUUUUCAUUUGGAUAGGGCUGCCGCUUCAGUACUCACUAGCUGCAUGUGCGUAAUAGAAGAGGACUUUCUCUUCCUGGGUUCACGUUUGGGUAACUCCCUCUUACUAAGAGUGACUGAAAGAGAGAACAGAAUGAUUUUCUCAAUCGACCGACCUUUGGCAGCCACCGUCGAUCUCACUGAAGAAGCUGCAAGAGAAAUAACACAAUCCAAUAAGGAAGCGGGAAAGGAUUCUGAUCCGGCUGCAAAGAAACGCCGUAUGGAUACCAUAAGCGACUGUGUCGCGUCAAAUGUCAUAGAGAUCAGUGAUAAAGACGAGCUUGAAGUAUAUGGGUCUGAUAUCAGAACUUCCACACAGUUGACCAGCUAUGUUUUUGAGGUUUGUGAUUCGCUAUUGAAUAUUUGUCCAAUUGGUGACAUAUCUAUGGGCGAAGUGCAAUUAGUGAGCGAAGAACGAAGGAAUGACCAUAACACAAUAGAAUUGGUCGCUUGUUGUGGCCGAGGGAAAAAUGGCGCUUUGGCUGUGCUGCAGCGGUCUGUCAGACCUCAGCUGGUCACAGCGUUUGAGUUACCCGGCUGCAUCGAUAUGUGGACUGUCAUCGGCGAACAAACUGAAGUACUUCGUGACGCCCACAGAGACAUGGAAGGUACGCAUGCGUACUUAAUACUCACACAGGAGGACACGAGCAUGAUUCUACAAACGGGUCAAGAAAUCAACGAAGUUGACAAUUCUGGCUUUAUGACAAGUGCACCGACCGUUUUCGCGGGAAAUCUUGGCAAUAAUAAGUUUAUGGUACAAGUAACUACAGUCGCUAUACGACUUAUAAGAAAUGGCGUUCUUAUUCAAUCGAUUUCACUGGAAUGGACGGCGCGUACGGCUAUCACAGCGGACCCGUAUCUAUGCGUCCUCUCGACUUGCGGACGUGCAUUGGUUCUUGCUCUAAGAGAGUUAAGAGGGAAAGAUUCUAUGUCUGGUCGUCUAGCCCCAACAAGACAAGCAGUACCACACAAGCCAGGCGUGGUUCGAGCUGCUCCAUAUAGAGACUUAAGUGGGCUUUUUGCGCAAACUAUGGCUAAUGUACAGGUAAAAGGUGAAUUCUCGGGUAAAGCGACGAAAAACGUGAAGGCCGAAGGUCUGAAACCGGGUGUUGUGUAUGAACUCAACGACGACGAAUUGCUGUAUGGUGGAGACCAGACCCCGGCUUCAAUGGCUAGCAUUAUGUUAGCUGAGCAAUCUCAAAACCCGGGUGUACCCCGACGUGUGUCGCGAUGGUGGAAGAAGCAGCUAAUUGAAGUUAAACCGACUUACUGGUUGUUUGUGGUUCGUGACAAUGGGAAUUUGGAGAUCUACUCGCUACCAGAGAUGAAGCUGAGCUUCCUCGUUAGAGACGUUUGCGCUGGAGAUAGGAUUUUAGCAGACAGCCUAGAAUCUGUCCCUAUACCAUUGAAUCCAUCAGAAGAGGAAGAAAUUACGUCAGGGCAUAGUGUAAACGUGGAUAAGCUUCAAGAGUUUUUAGUUGUGGGACUUGGUAACAAGGGUUCUAGGGUGCUCAUGCUGUUUCGAUUUGAUGAUCAACUGAUGAUUUAUCAGGCAUACAAGUACCCUCGGGGCAACUUGAAGCUGCGUUUCUCGCGUAUGCAGGCGUCCUUCCCGUUCGGAUACAAGGGCGGUUAUAUAAAAUACCCGGAUGACGGUUACGAAGCCGCUGUAUUAAGGGAAAACGUGCGGUAUAUAAGAUAUUUUGGUAACGUCGGAGGAUACAAUGGCGUAUUUAUUUGUGGGGAAACUCCCUACUUCCUACUCCUGACGUCACGAGGAGAGUUAAGGUUGCACCCCCUUAGUACCGAAGAAGCGCCGGUUGCAUCUUUUGCCUCAUUCAAUAAUACAAAUUGUCCACAAGGAUUCCUGUAUUUUAAUGCAAAGGGAUCUCUACGAAUCAGUGUUCUACCAACUCAUCUAUCAUACGACGCGUCAUGGGCUGUCAGAAAGGUACCCUUAAGGGAGACACCACACGCUGUUACAUUCCACCUUGAGUCCAAGACCUACUGCUUGGUAUCGUCUGUGGCUCACCCUACUACGUCUUAUUACAAGUUUAAUGGAGAAGAUAAGGAGAAGAGCGCAGAGAAUAAAGGAGAUAGGUUUCCGUAUCCAAUGCAAGAAAAGUUUUCCGUUAUGCUGUUUUCUCCUGUGUCAUGGGAGAUAAUUCCAAAUACCAGGGUCGAGUUAGACGAAUGGGAACAUGUGACGUGCCUCAAGAAUGUGUCGUUGUCUUACGAGGGUACAACGUCGGGUCGUCGUGGGUACAUUGCAAUUGGCACAAACUACAACUAUGGCGAAGACAUUACGUCUAGGGGACGAAUUAUAAUAUAUGAUAUCAUCGAUGUCGUCCCUGAGCCCGGGCAGCCGUUAACAAAAAACCGUUUCAAAGAGAUCUACGCUAAGGAACAAAAGGGACCGGUUACAGCUUUGACACAAGUAUUGGGCUUCCUCAUAUCCGCUGUUGGGCAGAAGAUCUACAUUUGGCAAUUAAAAGACAAUGACCUAGUGGGCGUGGCCUUCAUUGACACGCAGAUUUACGUGCAUCGUAUGUUGGCCGUGAAAAACCUCAUAUUAGUAGCCGAUGUCUACAAAUCGAUCUCAUUGUUACGGUAUCAGGAGCAACAUAGGACCUUGUCUCUGGUUUCCAGGGAUUUUAGGUCAGCUCAGAUAUAUGACAUGGAGUUCAUGGUGGACAACACUAGUCUCGGUUUCCUCGUGAGUGAGGUGGAAGGAAAUUUAGCUCUUUUCAUGUACCAACCUCAGGCUAGGGAAAGUUAUGGAGGUCAACGACUCAUCCGUAAAAGCGACUAUCAUUUGGGCCAGCAAGUCCACGCAAUGUUUCGUAUUGCUUCGAGAAAUAUACCCAACAUGACGCAUAGACGUCACGUUACGUUGUUCACAACUCUCGACGGCGGAGUGGGUUAUGUGUUGCCAGUAUCAGAAAAAGUAUACAGAAGAUUACUGAUGUUACAGAACGUGAUGAACAACUAUUGUUGUCACAUCGCUGGUUUAAAUCCGAGAGCCUUCAGGACAUACAAAUUCUCCCGGCGGCCUGUAGCGGGUGGAGCGGCUCGUGGUAUUUUGGAUGGUGAUCUUGUUUCAACGUUUACAUCAAUGCCUAUAGCCGAACAGCAAGAUAUUGCAAAGAAAAUUGGAACAAAAGUGGAAGAAAUUUUUGGAGAUUUAUUCGAGAUCGACAAGCUCACUGCUCACUUCUAA